CCGUUGUGUUGUGUCCGUUGUAGUAGUGUUUUCGGCGUGUCUUAACGUGAUCGCGUAUUUUGCUCUCUAUUCUUUGGUGUAUUCAUUACAUUAUUUUCGUUCAUAAAAGUGUCAGAAAAUCUUCUAGCGAACAAGUGUGUUUUAAUCGGUAUUUGGGAUAAAUAAAUUUAUCACGAAUUGUCUGCACGUGAAAGAAAAGUCAGUGGAAAUGGUAUUUUGACUUCAAUGAAGGAGGACCUAGAGAGCAAAUUUCAACGAAUUUUCUCCAAAAAGAAUGGAUUCAAGUCACUGGCGAGAUUCAAGCAAUAUAGUCGUAUCUGACUCGGAAGAUGAAAUUCCAGGUUCACGAGAUGCGAGUGACAUAGAGGAUGUUUCAAGGUUGGAGCGUGGUUCGAUUUCUAUACCAAGGAUUUCAAGGCCGGCACAUGGACCAAACACAAGUAAGACAAUUAUUAAUGCUACUGAUAGCGAAGAGGAGGAUGAAGAUGAAGAGGAAGAUGAUAAUCGAAACAAUGGUUCCCUUAACAGAGACAAGGAGGCAAAUGAAUCGGUCGAUAGCGGAUGGAUGAAUUUAAUCGACAAGAAUGAAGGCAGUAAUCAAGAUAUGGAGCAGGAUGAUUCAGAAUCGGAUGAGCCUGAGAUUGUUGACAAAAAGGCCAACGUUCGUGACAAGAAUCAAAGGAAAAAGCAGGAGGAUCCAGAAUCUGACGAGUCCGACAUUGUUGACAAAAUGUCCCAAAUAGGUGGCAAGGAUCAAAAGAAAAUUCAAGAAGAUUCCGACUCGGAAGAGUCUAUUGUUCGGCCAAAAAGGAAGGUAAAGAAACCAAUUUUAUCGAAAUCUUCUACUGCGGAUGAGGAGUCUGAAAGCAGCGAGGAAAUUUCGGAAGAUUCUUAUAAUUCUGAGAGUGCUAAUUAUUCCGACGAGGAUUACAAUGCUACAGGUAACACUAUUGAUUCGGCAGUUUCGGAAGAUUUGCCGAUAAGGAAAAAGAAAGGCAAACCGUCGAAAUUUGUUAUUGAAGAUGACCCAUCUGACGAAGAGAGUAUGCCACCCAGUAGACCUGGCCCAAAAUCUUCUAAACGAAGUCCAGAGGCAGACUACAGUCCGAAAUUGGAAGAAACAGAGCAGCACAUCACACUCGAUGAUUCUGUUGAAAUAACCGGUAUUACUGAAAAUGUUCCACAAUCUACUUUUGUCGACUUGGAAGACUCCAUUGAGGACCAAAGUAGUAGUGAGAAUUUACCGCUUUCCAUCAGUAACAGCAGUGCACCUGAAAUUGCUAUUUCACUAGCAAAUGAAGAGUCUCCAGCAAAUGGUGUUGAUCCUCUCCUUCUUCAGAAAAGAGCUUUAGAUACUUUCAAAUUGGGACAGUUAAAAAAAGAUUUAAUCAGAGCAAAGACUCUUUACAAUACUGCAAACCGCGAACAACUUCCAGAUCGUGGAGAAAAAUUACGACAGAGCAUCGAGGCUAUGCAAAAUGACGUUCAGCGUCUUUCAAUCCAAAUAGAGCGUACCUCCCUGAAUUUAAAGCCCGGCUCUCCCAUGAUGAAUAUCAAAACCGAGCUACCUAGACUCUCCCCCCAAGCGCAAAUCCGGGCAGAUUUCGAUGCAGCCCAGUUCAUCAAACCCGAGAAAGAACUGGGCAAGCAGGCUCAAGCGACUUUCGAAAGAGAGCAAGCUCUAACCGUGGAAAGGUUAAACCACUUGCAGCAGUCCUUGAAUCGUUGCCCCGAAGAAGACGACCGGGCUGAAGAUCCACGCGGUUUGAAAACUAAACUGAUGCCUCAUCAGCAACAUGCUCUAGCCUGGUUGCUCUGGAGGGAGAAGGAAAAGCCACCCGGAGGUUUGCUCGCCGAUGACAUGGGUCUUGGGAAAACUCUAACAAUGAUUUCCCUCGUCGUGGCCACCAAGGAUGAAUCCUACUCCGACAGCAGUGCCUCGGACGAAGAGGAUGAGGAUGGCAGAUGGUACAGCAAAAAGAGACCGGGUCGUCCUAGAGGCGGAACUCUCGUUGUCUGUCCAGCCUCACUUUUGGAUCAGUGGCAAAAUGAAGUGACUAAUCGUUGCAGACGGGGAAUCCUUACCGUUGAAGUGCAUCACGGCCAGCGUCGCGAAGUUGUGCCGAAAAGGCUAGCCAAAAAUGACAUGGUCAUCACCACUUAUCAGCUUGUGGCUUCCGAGUUCAAGCGGAACUCGGCGUUGUUUAGAAUUCGCUGGAAACGGAUUAUACUCGACGAGGCGCACAUUAUUCGAAAUCAUGCUGGAAAAAUUUCUGAGGCUGUUUGCAAACUUUCGGCGCGCAAUCGCUGGGCCUUGACGGGAACUCCGAUUCAUAAUAAAGAGCAGGACUUGUACGCGUUGCUGAAAUUCAUCAGAGUUACGCCGUUUAAUGAUAUCCAGGUUUGGAAGCGUUGGGUGGAUAAUAAAAAUCAAACUGGACUGAAGAGACUCGCUACUGUGACGAAAACGUUGAUGCUCCGGAGAACGAAGCAGGAGCUUAUUGCGAAGGGAACUCUGGAGGAACUUCCGGAGAAAUUCACUACGAAUAUUGAUGUUAAUUUGGAUGCGGAGGAGACGAAAAUUUAUCAGUCGGUAUUGGCUUUCUCGCAAACGCUCUUCGCUCAGUUUUUGGCACAGAGAGCGGAAAAGGAACACAUGCAGGAUUUGAACGCGGGGAAAUUUGAUAAGCCUGCGUAUAUGGCGGAAGUGAAAGCUUCUCAUUUUGCUGCUGCACAGAAGCAGUUGCUCGGCCGUAAAGGUGAAGACGUGAAAGCGCAUCAUAUCCUCGUUCUUAUUUUGCGUCUGCGACAAAUCUGUUGUCAUCCAGGAUUGAUAAGGGAAAUGUUGAACGCAGAGGAAGCGGAAGCACAAGGAAUCAUACCCGAGGAAGAAGACGCUGAGAAAGAUUUAGUGGCACAAGUGAACAACAUGACACUUGUUGAAGACGACGAGAAUGAAGACCAGAAUGAGGAAAACCUCUUCUCACUGAAAAAUCCGGUCUUCAUGUUCACGCGCCCAAGUUCUAAAAUAAAAGCAGUUCUUGAUACAGUGGAGUCGAUUUUGGAAAAGGGAGAAAAGAUGAUAAUUGUUUCUCAAUGGACAGGGAUGUUGAGAAUCAUUUCUGCCCAUUUAUCAGCGAUUGAAGAUGCCACUCAUGAAAUGUUUUCCGGCAGCGUGCCCAUAAAAAAGAGGCAAGGCAUUGUCGACAGAUUUAAUGAUCAAAAUGACAAAUUGAUGAUUCUGCUUCUCUCACUUACUGCUGGAGGAGUAGGUCUGAAUCUUGUGGGAGGAAAUCAUCUUCUUCUUAUCGAUAUUCACUGGAAUCCUCAACUGGAGUCGCAGGCCCAAGACAGAAUUUACCGAUUUGGACAAACGAAGAAUGUUAACGUCUACAAGUUUAUGUGCAACGAAACAAUCGAACAAAGGGUCAGACAAUUGCAGGAAAAGAAGCUAAAUCUUGCUGAAGAUAUCUUCACUGGUCACAGGAGGACUUCGAACAAACUCAGUCUCGAAGAUCUUAAAAGUAUUUUCGAAAUGUGAAGAUUACAAUUCGAGUGAGGACAGAAUAAGUUUUGUAUUUUUAAUACAUUUUUAAUACGCUGACAUUUAAAUAUAAGAUUGUUAAUAUAGGAAAAUACUCUUAUACUAAGGGAGAACGGAUAAAUUCUCUGAUUACAGUCCUUUUUUCUAAACUGUAAUUCAGAAAAUAUUAUGUAAGUAUUUA